AUGGUCAACUCUCUUUUGAAUGUGGAUGAUAGAAGUUGGGAUGUCUCUCUUGUGCAAGAUAUGUUUAAUGUCAGGGAUGCGAAUCUUAUUCUGGGAAUUCCCCUCAGUUUCUCUGCUACUAAUGAUCAUUGGGCCUGGGUUGGUGAGAAAUCAGGCCAUUACUCUGUCAAAUCAGCCUACAAUCUGUUGCAAAAUCAGAAGAACAGUCGUUCUGGGGAAAACAAUUCAGGCUUUUGGCGUAAACUGUGGCAUCUCAAAAUACCUCCUAAAGUGAAGAACUUUAUGUGGCGAGCAGUCUCUAAUGUCUUCCUACCUGUCUUCAGCUCAUCUCUAAGGGGUUGCUGGCAAAAGGCUGAUAUUGUUACCCAUGCUAACUUUGUUGGAACUAUCGAACACUUUCUUUAUGAUGUGUUCCAUGGCUUUGAUGAAGACAUCUCUUGCCGUGUUGUGAUGCUAUGUUGGUCGAUUUGGAAGGCAAGAAAUUCUUUAGUUUGGGACAAGAAAGCUUCUUCCCCUUCUCAUGUUGUCUCUUCAGCGUGGACUACUCUUGAUCACUGGUUAAAUGCUCAAGAUAAAACAAGUUUGUUAUCCUCUUCUUUGAUAGGAGAUGGAAACAACUUUGAGCACUGGACUAAACCUGCUUAUAAUACGAUCAAGAUCAAUGUUGAUGGGGCCAUCUUCGAGAAAGACAAUGCAUAUGGAUUCGGUAUUGUAGCUUGUGAUUCAGAAGGCAGGAUCAUUGACUUUGUGGCCAAGUACUAUCAUGGCUCGUACUCGCCUGAGGCUGUUGAGGCCUUGGGGGUCAAGGAAGCACUCAGUUGGCUCAAAGAUAAAGGUUGGAAUAUGGUAGAGGUGGAAACUGAUAGUCUACUCACUGUCCAAGCAGUCUCUAGUAAUCAACAAAUGUCUUCUGUCUUUGGUCUGAUUGCUCAUGAUUGUAAAAUUCUCUUAUCCUCUCUACCUAAUGUUAGUUUUUGUUUUGUUAGACGAUCAGUAAACAAAAUUGUCCACUUCGUAGCUAGGCGCUCUUGUUUCUAUUCUGAUCGUAACAUUCAUGAUGUUGAUAUUCUGACAGACUUUUCUGCCACUUUGUAA